GCAACUCCACUGAGCUAUCUUAUGCAUAUUUCGUUGGUAUCUUAACUAAUUAGUGGCCACUAUAUAUGCAUAUUAUUAUAUCUUUUUUAUCCUUUCCAUUCUUUUAUCUAUAAAUAGAUUCACUUAAGCUUCUUCUCAAUCAUCUCUUCCACAGUCGAGCUUGGUCACUACACCACCCCAACCACUAAUCUUUUCUUAAUUUCAUUUGUUUCAACAUCACUUUCAAUAUGGCUUCUAAAGCGUUAUUGUUAUUUGUUAUGCUCACAUUUCUAUUGGUAAUUGCAAUGGAAGGAAGGAUACUUGGGGUUAAUUCAAAGAGUGAAGAUGGUGAGAGCAACGAUCUUUUGCAACGGUUAGGUUACAAUGUUUCUGAACUAAAGCGUAUUGGCCGAGAGCUUUCCGUCCAAAACGAAGUAGAUAGGUUUUCACCAGGAGGGCCUGACCCUCAACAUCACUCUUAUCCUUUGUCUUCAAAACCCUAAAAUUUGACCAGAGUUUGUGUUGCGCAGCUUUGCCAUGUAUAAUAUUAUUAUUAUUUCCUGUCAAAUAUUGUCGACUUUUGAAGUUUGAAAGUAUAAGCUGUAAGAUUGAGGGUCUCCUGAAGUGUACUUGUAAUUAAAUUUAAUGACUUGAACCAAUAUUUGUUUUCUUCCUCAUGCGAACGACCACCUCCGGUAGACGCAUGCAUAUUGCUAAAGUUUGUUUGUUUGUUUUUUUUUUUAAAUUAUUUGUCAGCUCUUACCUUUAUCAUCAUAUUGCUAAAACAAUAGUUUAACCACGAAAAAAAAAUAUACGAAAUAAUGUAUUUUCCUAUUUUUACCUUUAUGACAUUGACAUUGCGUGAAAUAUCAUCAGGUUAUCCUACUUUGAGAACAUACAUCACUACAUUUAAUUACCACAGUCGCCCUUCUGAUAUUUUUAGUUGAUGCUCUAAUGCAAACUAUAUCCAAAAACACAAUAUGUUUUGGUUUUACAUAUUGUAUCACCUAUAAAAUUGGUCUCAUGCAAUAUAUUGAAACAAAACUCUCAGAAAUUCAGUCCAUCAACAUAUAUAACCUUAAGCAAAGAAACUCACAGUGUCAGAUGAAGUGAUAACUAUUUUAAAAUUCUCAGAAAAUGAACAACGCUAGGAAGCCAUUCGAUUACUCCACAGUUUGGAACCUUUUCACUGGCGGCCCGUGAAAAUGAGCAGGCACUCCGAGAAGUUCUCAAUGUCCUUAAUCACAGAUUUUAUAUAUAAAAGAACGAAAGUACACAAAUGUUUUCAAAAUUUUAAACCAGUA